GUUCAAUCGGAAGGCCUUUGCUUGGGGCAAUCCGGAUGCUCAACAAAGGCAAGAGGCCAAGAAUGGCCAACACCAGGAGGAAAGCCAGAACCGCACCUACGAGGUCAUCGCGAAGACGGGCACAGUGAAGGCAGAGCCGCACAUGGAUGCUAAGCUGAAGACCAAGAAGUCCAAAGGAAGUAGGUUCAUCGUCUCCGAAAUGACGAUGAAUGGCUGGUUGAAGCUUGAGAACGAGCCGGGCUGGUUGGCAGCUCACCUCCGUGGUGUACAGGACAUUGGAGAGGUUGCAGCACCGCUCGAGACCGACCCAAUGCUGGAGCUGGCAGUACCUGUCUACCAGCCGCAGGGCAUGGUUUGCCUCGAAGUCGUCUUCAAGACCGGUGUUCCCGUAAGGGAGACGCCGAGCCGAAAGGCGAAGACAGUGGCAACGCUCAAGUGUGGAGAAUAUGUCUUCGCGCACACUCAGAACUUUGACGGCUGGCUGAAGCUCUCGGGCAAGCCAGAAGGAUGGGUCCUAGCCAACGACUCGGACUGGGGCGAGCUGCUUCGGCGCCGGCGGCGCAUGAACGACAUUGACUUGUGGGCCAUGUGUGAUGCCUGGGCUGCUGCAAGAGCGCGGCCCGGAACUGGACGUUCUAUGGGUCUGAGCGGCAAGGAGGUCGAAGCCCUCAAAGAGCUCGAAGAGCGCACGGUCAUGGAGGCCAAGGCCUUGUGGCAAGAGCACCGCAGCAACAAGGAGUACCUGGUGUCGGAGGGAUACCUGGCCGGAGAGGACCUUCUGAAGACGGAGACCUGGAUGCGUCAGCGGGUCUUCGCCCAUGUCCUCGAGAAGAAGGCCAAGACGGGUGAGGGCUGGCUUCGGGAGCUGAUCUCGGGCUUCAAGCUGUCCUCCCGGGUCCCCCCGCUGCCAGGCAUCCAAGGGGAGCAGGAGGAAGACGACUACUACGCCGAGCAGCAGGCCCAAGCACAGAGCUUCUCCCAAGGGCUGCGAAAGGGCUUCACGAAUGCCAAUGGGGGAGCAAUGGGUGGACCAAUGGGCGGCGCAAUGGGUGGUCAGCAAGGCCACGGCGCCUUCGAUCCGGCCUUCGAAGGGACGAAGCCAUUCGAGUACAAAGGCAAGAUCUAUACCAUGGCUCCAAACGGUGUGCUCUUUGAUCCGCCGAACCAGGUCCCCAUGGGCAUCUGGAACCCCGACACUCAGCGCCUUGACCCUGCUGCCGGCAUGAUGCCUGGCUGCCCCUAUCCAGCCAUCUCCUACCUGGGUCGGACCUACAUUUUGCUCCCGGACCAACGAUUGUUGGACCCAGAGACCGAGGAGAUCGUGGGCACAUUCAAUCGCGACACGAACGAGAUGGACCUGCAGAACCCUACGCUGCUUCAGGAGGCCCUGGCAGCUCAAGACAAGAAGCCGCAGGAUCUCCUGAAGACGGUCGAGGCCAACGCGCCCGGAUACACCGAAAAGAAGCGCCUGCUGGACGGCAUGAAGGACUUCUUGAAAAAGGUUCAGGCUGCCGAGGAGAAGCUGUACAUGGUGAAAGCGGUCGGCAAGGUGAAGGGAAAGAUGGAAACAGAGGAGCAUGAGCUGAUCAACAAGUACCACGGCCAAGACCUUCAGGACAAGAUCCAGCUUCUCACCGGCGCGGUGCAAACGAUGUCGCCUCACUGUCGAGGAGCGGCCGGUCCUACAGGAGCAGCUCGCCGCGCGGCGGACUGCAGCCAAGGAGGCAGGAAAGACCAAGACCGUCGAGAAGGUCGAGACCAUGUUAGUAAGUGUGGGGAAGUCCAAAGGGAUCACCCACCCAGUGAAGAAUCUGGAAGACUUCUACCCGCUGGAUCAGGAGCUGAAGCGGCUUGA